AUUUUAAAUUGUUCCGUGGAUCAGUACUCCACCGCUCAAUUUAUUUGCCACACGUGUAGGGAAGUGUGCUCUUCUACAUCGCCAAAAAGUUCUGGAUUAAUGGAUUUUGUGACGAAAAAUGUAGAUUAGUUGGUAUCAGUGGUAGGACAUCUUGUUUACGGCACUCAAAUCACGACAAUCUAUUAAUAUAAUCCCGGUGUGGGAGUUUAAUUAGUUUCCGUAAAACUGCAAAACGACCCACCAUUACUCUUUUCCAUCCCAAACCACAGAGAGUUGUGUACAGUACCUACCUCUUUUAAGAGUGAAAAUUUCCCCGUGAAAAAUUUUAGUUGUUCAGUGGAAAGAGGAUCUCUUGGACGUGUGUGAAAAAUGACUCGAAGUGCGCUAUUUUAUUUCCUCGUGACCUUUGCUUUUCUGCUGAAUUUGCGGAAGAUUGAGGCGUGCAAUGGCUACAAGACAAAACUGCACUACUUGGAGAAUUGUGAUCAAUCGUCGGUGAUUAAAGUCGCGAAAAAGUACAAUGUUGAGUUGACAAAGGAUUGCGAACUUAUUGCAAAUGGAUGCAUUGAGACAACUGGCUUUCAGAAAGCUUAUAUGAGGGCGACAAUUAGCAAGAAUGGAAUGGUGGUUCACAGGAUUGAAGCUGAUUUAUGUGAUACAAUGUCGCAAGCUUCGGAGGAAGCUAAACACUACCUGAGGCUCUUUGGACUACCUGAUAAAUGCCCGGUUGCAGCUAGCAAAAAUUGUCAAGAUUCCUCCACGAAAGCUGAUAUUUCCAAAUACAAACGCUACCUGGCCCUUGCAAGGGGACUCAUUCAAAUUGAAGCAAGGAUUGAGCAUGAAAAUGGAAAGACGUGUAUAAAGGCAGAGACGGAAAUUACAAAAUAAAUUUCAGGAAAUAAUCCCGAUUUUUUUUUGGAAUUAAUGUGAUUUUUCCAUGACUAAAGCAAAGAAAAAAAAAGAACAUAUCCAAUAAAUUCUUUUGAGAAUUAUCAAA